GCUGUGUAUGUUAUGUAUGUUCUGACGAUUAGCCAUACUUCAACAAUUUCUUGGUGGUGAUAUUUCUGCCAAAACACGCGACUAAUUGUAGCAAAUUAAAAUUAUAGUUUCUUAAUUCGGAUCUUUGUAAUCGUCAAAACCUAAGCUCACUUGCAGCCAUCUUAAAUUUAAAGUACCAAAGAAAAAACCUUUCAGAAACGGAGCUGUUUGGUCAUUGUUUGUUUGUGCAGCUCAGCUAACUGCAUGCAGCUCUCGCAUGCAUACAGAACAUACCGGAAAGUCGGCAUCUGUACGCGAUCGCAUGAUUUGGCAAUUGGGGUCGUGUUUACUACUCGCUGUGGCAGCAACUCAUUGCAGAUUAAACAUUAAACAUAAUCAUUUCUUCAUUUUAUGUAUGUAAAAUAUUUUCUUUGAAUUCAAGACUGAUGCGAUAAUAGGGUAGCAACAUUGUAACAAGUCUGUUGUGCAAUCGGGAGAAGACAACGUCAGAAAAUGCCACCGUUAUUACGCCAGCCAGCCGCCGUUGGCGUUGUUCGGGUCGCCCUGUUGUCCGGAUCAAAACAAGCAAAACGCCCAAUUUCAACGUCAGCUUGUUCAAGACAUCUUAUACAAAGGAACUGCCUUAGAUUUAGAACACAUCAACUGAGUAGGUUAUCCGUCCCUGUACAAUGCAGAGCUUUGAGUACCUCUCUACCCCAUCUUUCCACCUCUGGGGAUGACGAUGGGUCAAAGAACGACCCGCCUCCAGCCAGGAGAUCUUCUAGGGGUGGUGGAAGUAGCAGUAGUGGUGGCGAUGGUGGAAACAAAUCAAACCAGCUAAGCUGCCCUAAGUGUGGGGAUCCAUGUACCCACGUUGAAACAUUUGUCUCUUCUACACGUUUUGUGAAGUGUGAAAAGUGUCAUCAUUUCUUUGUGGUAUUGUCUGAAUCAGACAGUAAGAAGAGUAUGAAAGAAACCAUCGCUCCUAAAUCAGAUAGACCACCGCCUCCCCCACCAAAGAAGAUUUAUGAUUACUUAGACAAGUUUGUUGUUGGCCAGUCCCAAGCCAAGAAGGUGUUAUCUGUAGCUGUAUACAACCAUUACAAGAGAAUCUACAACAACAUCCCAGCACCAGCUCAGAAGAAUGGAGGUGACGUGGAGGGCAAAGGUCAAAGUGGAAACUUUACUCCCAGGGAACUCUUACAACUCGCUGGCAUCAGUAAUCAAGGCAAUGCCCUAGGGGCUUCAUCUGGUCAGCAAGGGGCUCAAGGACCUACAGAAACUGACCAUCAGCAUAGGGGUAGUGAACUUCUUUAUGCUAACGUCUUUGACCUGAAGCUGGACAAGAGUAAUAUCCUCAUGCUCGGACCAACUGGAUCAGGGAAAACCUUAUUAGCCCAGACGAUAGCCACAUGUCUAGAUGUACCCUUUGCCAUCUGUGACUGUACCACCCUAACCCAGGCCGGGUACGUAGGAGAGGACAUCGAGUCUGUUAUAGCCAAGCUGCUCGCUGAUGCCAACUUCAAUGUAGAGAAGGCACAACAGGGUAUAAUCUUCCUUGAUGAGGUGGAUAAGAUCGGAGCUGUCCCCGGGAUCCAUCAGCUACGCGAUGUAGGAGGAGAAGGUGUUCAGCAGGGUCUACUGAAGCUCCUGGAAGGAACCGUGGUCAACGUUCCUGAGAGAAGCUCUAGGAAGCUCAGAGGAGAGAGUGUCCCUGUGGACACCACUAACAUCCUCUUUGUUGCUUCGGGUGCCUUCAAUGGACUGGACAGGAUAAUCAGUAGGAGAAAGCAACAGAAGUACCUGGGCUUUGGAGCUCCAGCCAACGAGAGUCAAGGCCGCCGCGCCGCCUCCAUCGCCGACCAAACCAACCAAUCGGAAGGCUCCAGUGCCAAGGAAGACAAUGAGGAGAAGGACGCUAUGCUGCGACUGGUGGAGUCCAGGGACAUGAUUGAGUUUGGUAUGAUCCCCGAGUUUGUGGGUCGUUUCCCGAUCUUUGUCAGCCUGGGCUCGCUGGAUGAAGAGAUGUUACAGCGUAUCCUGACAGAGCCACGCAAUGCCAUCAUACCUCAGUUUGAAGCUCUCUUCAAGAUGGACUCGUGUCAGCUAACGAUUACUGAUGAUGCCUUGAAAGCUGUCGCCCAGUUAGCCUUGGAGAGGAAGACUGGUGCCCGAGGUCUCCGGUCUAUCAUGGAGAUCAUCCUGCUAGAGUCAAUGUUUGAGAUCCCAGGGUCCGACAUCGAGGAGGUCAUCGUGGAUGCAGAGGUCGUCCAGGGUAGGAAACAACCAGAGUUCAUCCAAAAGACCACCAGACCUGUCGACUCAGCUCCACCCAUCCAAGCAGAAGCAGUCACAGUCUGAGAGUCUCAAUCCACUGCCCACGUCAAAUCAAUGAAAUCAUACAUUUCCUUUCGAAGUUGCCUCAAAAUGAAACCUAUUUUAAACAAUUUGUGAAGUGAUAAUCAAGUGUACACUUUCUCACAUCGUAUAUUAUUUUUUAGCUAAGAUGACACAUUCUUUUCAUACAUUCUUCUUUAAAUUCAGCUUUUGAAACAAGAUUAUAAGAAUUCAUACUUCAUGUGAAUAUCCUAUUUGAAUUUUGUGUACAUUUCAUUGUCUAAUCAGUGUGCUCUCAAAUCUGUUAUUUACUUCUCUUUUCUUUUAAGAAUAGAGCUCUAUUUAAUCCUUUUAAUUAUGAUAUGCUAAAGUUAUUCUCUGUUUAAAAAAAUUAAAUUAAAAAAUCUGUUUUUCUUGAAUAAAAAGAAUGUGCAAAAAAAGUCUGAAAUUACAGUUUCAAGACAUACAUAAUGUAAGCUUCAAAGGCGUCAAAAUUGAUAGCAAUUAUAUAGGUUACCCUUGCUUUCCCCAACACAUACCAACUUUUAUGGGUGAAUUGGCGUUUGUGGCGUUUGGUCUACUACUCAAUUAGUCUAUUCCCAUAUAGUCUACACCCAGCCCCUUUACUUUCCACUUGGUCUCAUUUUCAUUUUGUCAACUUAUCAUUAAUGACCUUUUAGGCUUAUAGUCAUUUGGCCCAAUUUCCAUACGGUCUAAUAUCUAAUUAGUCUGCUACCAAUUUGGUCUAUUGAUCAUGUAGUCAUUGAUAGUAGACUUAUUGGAGAUUAGACCAAAUGACUAUUAGCCAAAAUGGUAAUUAGACCAAAUGAUAAGUAGACAAAAUCAUUAUUAGACCACGCAGACAGUAAACGGACUGGGUGUAGACCAUAUGGGAAGAGACGAAUAGGGUAGUAGACCAAACGGCAAUAAAACCCUUUCAUGCUCCCAGUAUGAGGCAACUAAGGGCCUUGAUUUAUGAGGACUGCUUGCUAAAUCAUUUGCAAUUUCCCAAUAUAUAAGUGCUUGUCCGCCAUUUAUCAUUUGAAUAAGCUGUUCUUGUAUACCAUGUAUAUCCUCUUCAUGCAAUGUUGCCAUACCAGUGUAAAUAUGUGUAGUUGUCACUAGUUUCUUGAACAAGAUGCUUGUAUAAUUUUUUCUUCUUCUCUUCGAUGAUACGAUAUGUACAUAAGAUUGACUCUGAAUUACUUACAUUUGAACAAACGAGGAGUUGGUAGCUUUUAUAUGUGAUCUUUACUGGCAGUGAUCUGCUUUAUUAGGCAAACAUUAACUGUAUUUUUAUUUAAGGUGAGGAAAAUAAAGUAAGUAAUGGAAAGGAAUGGAAGGGGGGUAAUGGCUUUGAGGUAUAACAUUACAAAAUUAAGAGAGAUUAUGGUUGCCAUGAUAUAUAGGUGCUUCUCUUUGUUGUCAAACUACCAUUUUCUUUUCUUCCUUUUUUUGGGGGGGGGGGGGGGUAAAAUAGCAUUAUAAAGAGUUCGUGUCCAUCAUGUUGUCAUGCUCCUGGCCCGUUAGGAAUGCCAGAAAUUAAUAAUGUUAACCACAUUUUUAUGCCUCCGUUACGAAGUAGCCGGAGGCAUUAUGUUUUCGGGUUGUCCGUCCGUCCGUACGUACGUACGUACGGUUCUCGUGAUCGCGUUAUCUCAAGAACCAUGGAUUCCUGCCAAACUUAGGACAUGUAUGUAUCUUGCAGAGCUAAUGAAUUAAUUAGAUUUUGGGUUCACAAGGUCAAAGGUCACAGUGCUCAUUAUGUAUGCAAAAAUAGCUCGUGAUCGCGUUAUCUCAAGAACUGAUUGAUGGAUUCCUGCCAAAUGCAGGACAUGUAUGUAUCUUGCUGAGCCAAUGAACUGAUUAGAUUUUGGGGGUCAUGAGGUCAAAGAUAAAAGGGUCAUACAUAUAUAUGAAAAAUAGCUUGAUAUUGCGAUAUUCUGAGGUCCUGUUAUAAAUGGAUUACAAUUAAACUUGAAUUUGAAAAAUUGGUUCUGUUUUGGUUUGUGAAAUCGCUCUAUGGCAGAGGCAUCAUUUUCGACUGCGUGCAGUCGAAGUUCCAUCUAGUUUUUUCUCUUUUUUCUGCUCAUUAGGUAAAACUCGUUUAAAAUGCAUAUUGCAUUCGCUGUUUAGUGCCCAUGCAUAUAUCUGAGGAGAAAGGUGUGCCUAUUGUAAUUCUAUAUCAUUGGGAGUUUACACAUACCUGUUGUGAUGGUUCAUGGUAUGAUCUAUAAUGAUGAUGGGAGAUGCUGCCAAGUUUCUUACCCAGUCAUAACGUUCUGAUUCUAUAAUUUUGACGGAACUGCUCAAAUGUGCAUAUGAUGAUUUGUAAAGUAAAUGACACUAUUUUUCUACACAUUUUUUUUUUUUUUUUUGUAGACAAGAUUAUAAACAUGUGUCAUGCCUCUCUGAAAAAUCUAUAUUCAAGAACAUGGUAUGUUCAUUGUACAAGUGUUCUUUGAACACAGAUAGAGGACAAAUUAUUUCAUUGAGAACUCUAAUUGCAUGUUUUAUACUGUGUGUGGUGAUUUAUCACAUUUUAGCAUGUAGUAGAGCACAUGUUCCCCAAGGAGAGAAAUGUACACUUGAACUACCUAUUUCUUGUC